AAACGUUCUGCGCACUGUCCGGUCAAACACUGUUCUGCCCAUCUCACAGCAAAAAAACAAACAAAAGAAUGACCGCACAAAAACCCAUGCCUUCCCUCUGGAAACCCAAACCAUCAUGGCAAGAGGUAGCCGCCCGAGCCCGCGCCCGAAUCGACAAUGCAAUCCCGUCAUCGUACCUGGCUGCUCCAGAAUACCUACCCAAAACACCAGAAGAAUAUGUUCUUGACCUCCCUGAAAGAUCUGGUGUUUUGAGUGCUCGUGAAUUGGAGAUCACGGGACUGAACGCGUGGGAGUUGUUACCGAAAUUGGCGGAUAAGAGUUUUAGUGCUGUGGAGGUUACUGAGGCUUUUUGUAGGAGAGCGAGUGUAGCGCAUCAAGUUGUAUGUCUUUUACUUUGUCAUUUCCCAGUCCUUAUUCCUUGAAAAGAGCGGCAUUCGUUAACAUCGUGAGGUUUAGACGAACUGCUUGGCAUUGGUGAUGUUUAAGUCUGCUCUCGAGCGAGCGAAAGAACUAGAUGAGUAUCUCGAGCGUACUGGAAAGCCCAUUGGUCCUUUGCACGGUCUUCCUAUUUCUAUCAAGGAACAUAUUGAAGUUGAAGGAACACCUGCUACGGCUGGAUUUAUUGCUUGGGUAGAUGAUGUGUCCAAGAACGAUGCUCUGGUUGUGAAGAUUUUGAGGGAUGCUGGGGCUAUCUUUCAUGUUAAGACUGCUAACCCGCAGGCUCUUAUGGUAUGUUUGUUCUUUUCGUAAUUCUCAGGAUGUAAAAAAGAAAAACUAGUAGCCAGAGGGCUGGUCGUAACUGGGUUGACAUAUAGUUGGGAGGUCGGCUAACUAUUAACUGUUAGUCAAUUGAAACGGACAGUAAUAUUUAUGGGCGAACAACAAAUCCGUAUAACCGCAAUUUGAGUUCUGGAGGCAGUUCUGGGGGAGAAGGAUCCUUGCUAGCUAUGAGAGGUAGCGCCCUGGGCAUUGGAACUGAUAUGGGUAUGUUACCAUUUUUGCAGAGAAAAGACCGGAUUAGUAUUGACGGAAACCAGGCGGCUCAAUCCGCGUGCCAGCUUCUUUCUCCGGGAUCUAUGGGUUGAAGCCAGCAAUUGCGAGAAAUCCCCAUGGCGGACUUGCUGGAAAUUAUGGCGGCAUGGAAAGCAUAGUUGGGGUUGUUGGGCCUCUUACACACUGUGUGAAAGACUUGAGGUUAUUUCAAGAGGUAAAAAUACACUGGACGAAACAGGCAAAACCUAUUGCUCACAUAGGGAUUAGGUUGUGUUAGCAAGCGAGCCGUGGAACAUCGAGCCCUCACUCGUACGAAUGCCUUGGAAUCCAGAAGGCAAGGAUAUGCAGCUUCCCAAAAAAUUGAAGAUAGGAAUCAUCUGGGACGAUGGAGUUGUUCAACCACACCCACCGAUAACGCGUGCUUUGAAAACGACAGUUGAUGCAUUAAAAAGUUCAGGGCAUGAAAUCAUUGAUUGGGACACUUCUUUACAUGAUGACAUACAAUCUACAGUGUGGCAGAUGUUCUUCCUAGACGGUGGUAAGGAAGUUUUUGAUGUCUUCAGGGAGGGAAAUGAAGGUCCCGUUAAGUGUAUUGAGUUUGCAUUGAGGGGUGGACCUUAUUCCACUCCGCGUCAUUAUACAGUUGAGGAGAGCUGGAAGGUAAGCAAAUUUAUUCUGCUACACCAUCAAGAUACAAGAAUAAAAGUUAACUGUUCCAUCUUAGAUUAAUUCAGAACGAACAAAACAACAAACAGCCUACGCAAGUAUGUGGAAUGAGACAGGUGUGGACUUCAUCAUAGCACCAUCCAACCCCGCAGCUGCAACAGCGCAUGAUGAGACAGGAUGGGAUGGGUAUACAGGAGUAUGGAAUGGCCUCGAUCAUACCGCUGUUGUGUUCCCUGUGACUUCAGUCCAGCAAACAGAUACCUACGAAAACUUUCCGAGACUGCGAAAAGAACCUCUAGGUGAGAGGGAUCUACAUUAUAUUGACGCAUAUAAAAACGGGCCAAGCAAAUAUGCAAAUGCCCCGGUGGCUUUGCAGUUAAUAACACGAAAGCAUACGGAAGAAAAGGCUCUGAAGGCUGUGGAGCUUGUCGAGGGAAUAAUUGGUUCAAGUAGAUAGAUGCGCCAACCCUCACAAAUAGCCAAUAAAGUAUCCUUCAUCUGUAGCUUUCAACUCGGGUUAGAAGGUCUUGAUCUGAGGAAAGAAAGAGGCGCAGGGAACAAGGGCAAUGUACAUGCAUAUUGCUGUCGUCGAACAACUAUGCUUUCUGCGAUGAAAAGGCACGUUCUCUGUGGUAACUGACCCACGGAAAUAUAUCCGAAGAGUCUUGAGGAGAAAAAACAGGUUAUAUACUGUGGUGGACUGCUGAAGGACUUCUAAUAAAU